UGCUGGCUUCUUCAUAUGUGGAUAUACAUAUGUAUGCCCACUGUCUUUUUCUUUCUCUCUAAAAAUCACCCGACGUUGAAGACCUCCAGCAACACUGGCCGUGUUACCUUGUAGCGGUAGAGAGUUUCUUUCGACGAAGGACAGGAACGAAGAGUGAACCGCUGCUACCAUGUUUCCAGCAGCAGCGGCGGGUGGCGACCGCAUUUGUCACGGUGACCUAGGGUUCUGACUUCGAUCAUAGGCGAAGGUUAUGAACUCUGAUGUUGAUGAAGAUGUCUUAGAAAGGUAGAUCGGUGUCAUGCAGUCGAACUUAUAGGGUAGAUCGGCGAUGGUAACGGGUGAUCCUCAGUCUUCCGGCGUAUUAGGUAAGAUAUAUUUGUUGUAUUGGUAUUUGGUCUUUCGAUUUUAAGUUUUGUAGAGUUGUUGAUUUGGGGUUAUUAGAGUUCCUAUUUUGUUGUAGAUUUGAUUUAGGGCUGCUCUGUGUUGAAACUUGUUUGGUUGCUAUUUGUAAUGGUGGUGACAAAGUGGCCAUUGUCGCUGGUUCGCGACGUUAGAGGUGUUUUGAGCUUUAACAGGUCCAAACGAGUAUAAGGUGCCGACAAUGGCGGAAUUGAAGCUGGCACCGGACGAGUUGAGGAGAUUAAGGAGUUUGGGGAUUGCGAUUAAGACGAGGUUGAAGAUUGGGCAGGCUAGGAUUACUGGCGGGAUUGUUAAUGGGAUACACGAGAGGUGGAGGAGGACUGAGCUUGUGAAGAUUGUUUGUGAGGAUUUGUGUAGGUUGAAUAUGAAGAGGACUCAUGAUUUACUUGAGAGAAAAACCGUGGGUCUGGUUAUUUGGAGAGCUGGAAGUAUCAUAAUAUUGUACAGAGAAGCUGAUUACAAGUAUCCUUAUUUCUUUUGUUAAUAAAAAAAAAAAAAAAAAAACAAAUGAUGCAUCUGCUGAUGACCCAACGAGUCCAGCUACAGACUCUGAAGAGGGUGGUGGUGAAGAAA